CUGGUCUUUCGCUUCCCAGCCACCAGUUCGCUUGCCAUUGCCAUUGCCUGUGCUUGUUCUUUUAGUUUCUUUUUUAUUUCUUCGUUCACCGUCUUUGACCGUUGCUUCCUUCCAGUGGAUCUAUCACCUGUCGUGGAACGCUUGUCCUUCUCUCGCGCUCCGACGCCGUUUGUGGGCAUCAACAGUUACAACUCUGCCCAGAGUAGACUCCACCAUCCUCCACGGUAUCUUUCGCCAGGAUCCAUCGCCGCUUCUACACGUAUUCCAUUGCCAACGAGAUCGUAAAAGGAGCACGGGACGCAAUGCUAUAAAAGGAACCAACAUGACCUUAUUCCGCCUGUCACUCGCUUGGUAGAUCUGCCCCGUACACCACGCCAGUUCUGCCGUCCAUCGAUCCUCUACACAUUCAUUGUUUCCCUGUUUAAGGCCUUUCAUUGCAAUACAACUUGCACGGCCAAGAGGCCGUCCGCAUUAAAGAGUCGACAAUGUCAGACACGUGCAUCUCCCUCGCAUCAUCCACGACAUGUCCUGCCUUCAACACCUCCUCCAUAUCGACCAAUUCCAGUCUUUUCGGAGACUUUCCCUUCCUCCAAGGCGUUUCGAACGUCACGGACUUCGACGCAAAAUUAAGUGACUAUGUCAAAGGGCCCUAUGUCCAGUCAAAGUGGGUGUUCCUGCAUUCUACCCUAAGAAUGAGAGAGGACUCAUGCUAAGUAUUGAUCUUCUCUUAAACGUCCAGAUACGUUGAGCUCCUGGGAUGUCAGGGAGCUGACCUCAACGAUACCGCCGACUUCUACGCGCGCUACACAACCACUGUAAUUUGUAAUGGGCUUGUGCAAAGCUCAAAAUCUCUAUGCGGCUUAACUGCUGAACAGUCCCGACCUGUUUGCGCAGAUACAUGCGCAUUGAUGGCAACAAAUGAGGAGGAAAUCGUGGUCAAUUUAGAUAUUUGUGGUAAAACCACCAAAGAUUACAUGAAACAGAUUCGCGCCGACUUUACCGUCUGCUCUCUUCCGGCAGAUUCGCUCACCGGCACGUGCAUUUCUGGUGCGGAGAAUGAACCGGACAACUGUGGAUACGGAACCAAUCUUCCUGGCCUUUGUCAAUAUUGCUCGAACAGCUCUUCCAACUCCACUGAUUCCUGCUGCGCUGACGCGAAUGCCCCAAGUCGCUGCCAACACGUCCCAGUUCCCACUACAACCACCCCUUUACAGCCAUUAGUCCCAUCCUCGUCCAACACGUCGGCACCAGCUGGCGGUGGAGCUGGCGAUGGACAUGGACUCUCCGGUGGGCAGAUUGCGGGGGCAGUUGUUGGUUCUGUUGCUGGAUUUGCGCUUUUGGCCAUCCUGGCCGCCUUGCUUUUCCUCUACUUGCGCCGUAGGCGCAGAGCACCACCGGAUACCGUUUUGAACCAGCCAAACCCUCAAAGGAAAGGUGUUACCCCAAUGCAGUAUUCUGCAGGUAAACAGGGGUACGAAAUCGUUCCUGGGGGCCGCGUGGCGAGGAUGUCUGCACUGCGAGAGAUGCCUAGUCGGUCACCGUCGCGGAUCGGCAUGCCUGCUGCCAUUUACGGUGAUUCUUCGGAGUCAGAGGGCAGAGGGGCGAGCCCCGGCGCGAUGUCCCGGAGGAUCCCACCAGUAACUGGCAGGCGGCACGGUUCGCUUUCAAGCAGCUUUGUUUUGGCCGGCCUGGAGAGUGAUACGUCUCCGCGCUCUGCUGCCAAUCAAUACUCCUCCCCUGAGGGUUUAACCAGUAGUCAGUCGGAGCAACUGGCAUUCUUCCGGGAUUAUUACUCUCAGGACGAUAUCCAUCCUGGUGACAAGGUUGCUGUUCUUUGGGCCUACCAGCCGCGGGCGGGCGACGAAUUUGAACUGGAUCGGGGGGAGAUGCUUAAGGUAAUUGGCAUCUGGGAUGAUGGCUGGGCGACAGGCGUCCGCGUGCCCGACAGAGCAGAAGAUUUCGACGCGAAUCGUCUGGAACAGCGAGACAGUGGCCUGUCAAAUGCCUCUCAGAGAGCACGAUCGUCUCCAGUAUCAGAAAUCAAGGCGUUUCCUCUCGUCUGCGUCUGCCUACCUCAGCACUGGAGUAAGAUCGUUGAGGGAGACGGGCAGGAUAAUGGCGGCUCACCUUGACGAUCAGAGAACUAUUUCAGCUUCAACUGAAAAAAAAAAGUCCCAUCUUGUAAUGAGGGUUUAUGAUCAUGCGUCCAUAUCCUUUUUAGUCCUUUCCCAGGUUCAUGAGAGCAGCAUUUGUUUCCUAAGAUGUGGCUGAUCCGGCAACUCCACGUGGACUUGGGGCCUCACCAUCAGCUUUCCCAUUCGGACCGCUGUUCCAACAAGCAACCUUUUCAAGCUUCGCUCGGCUGUUCUUCUAUUCGAUACUUUCUUUUCCAUAUUCCAUAUUUCUUGCCUUUCACGGAGCAAUCGUGUAUAAUGUUCCAGAGCGCAUUUCAUGAUGUUCGCUGCUUCGUUUAAAGCCUCUGGCAGGGAAAGUCUAGCUUUUUGUUAGCGUUUUCUUUAUACCCCAUCUUACGGCUAUGGAUUUUUCGAAUUUUCUAUUUUUUAUUCUUUUAACAUCUUCGACCUGAGAUAGCUGCUUAUCUUCUCUUCAUGUUUAUUUUGAUUCCAACUCGCAUGAUGGAUUCCGCUGUUCUCAAGAUAUUUUACUUCUAUUAUAGAUUACUGAAACGCGGGCCCGUCAACGUCAGGCUUCUCCUAUUCCGGUUCUAGAAGCACAUCUAAAAUCAAAGGGAGGUGGUAUUGCGCGGACCACUCUUUGUGCUGCAGUUUUCAUAUUCUUCUUAUCUGGGGACUAAUGUUUGAAGAAUCCCUCAAUGGUUACCGCACUUUCUUUUCUUUAUUACCUUUUAAGGGCCGCAUAGUGUUGCUGUACAUAGGCUACGUAAUUGAAUGGUCCUCCACUGGAUUAUAAUCCUCUUCAUUCCAC